CCAAACAACCAUGGCGGUCGCAGGAGCAAUUUUUCCAUUUCGGCAUCAAUUUAUACCCAGUUUUAUCAAGAAUCUAGCGUCCAGCAAUACUCUGAUCACGCCUACUACAUGGGCCUCGAAUAGGACUUUCAGUCAAACUACUAAAUUGGAGGGAUCCCCUCCGUUUCUAGCCAAAAAGAGCCGGUUUGUCAAGUUGACAGAUCUAUGUACAGUGGGUCCUGUACAUAAUGUACAGUGGUCUUCUGUUCCACGGAUGAGUGGUUCUGGCAACACCCCUUUCUCCACUAUUUCCUCAAGAGAUCGCAGUGGACUUUCAUCUCUGUUUGAUGCUGAUAGUUGGAGAUCUAACAUGUGCAAGAGGAUGUUUUUUUCGGGGUCGUCACAAAACUCGGGCAAUAUAAAUUUAGCCAAAGGCAAAGGCAAAGUCAAAGGGGACGAGACACCUUCCCCUGUGAAUAAUCCAGCAUGGCAUGGUGUCAGACUCUCAAAUGAGAAUGGAUAUCUCUCCUACAACAGAAAUGCCUACCUGUGCCUUGUGAUAGGUGCUACCAUGAACGUCCAAACAAUCAUACCUCACUCAGCUGAGGCUGCAGUUGUCAUGUUUUCACUAGGGCUGCUUAACAGCAUCUUUGGAACUGGGGUCUUUCUUUUUAACAUCUUUCAUCUCCGUCAUGCACUGGCAUUAUCCAGUUCGCAUAUAUUUUUACACUCUUCCUUUGUCUUUGUUAAUUGCUUGUGUGUUUUAAUUGUAGUGUGUGCUGUCUAUUCACAAAAUUGUGAUAGUAGCUGAGCUUCAUCACGACAUUUGUUGUUUUGACUCCCUCAUGGUACUUGCAGGACCAGUACUUCAUCAUUCUGGCUUUGUAAUUUUAUUAAAACAAUUUAGCUUUAAAGGAUUUUUGUCACUGCCUUUGACCAUCACAUGUUGAUUGAGUGCCUGCUGCAAUGUAGCUCUGUCUGUUUUGAGAAUUUGAAACAGCAUUUAGUUAUUUGUUCAAGUGUCAUGUGCUGUUUUUGUGUCGGACAUUUAUGCCCCUUUUUAUGCAUGGGUAACUCCUUGCAUUUCCAGACUAGAAACAGUAACAUUUUGUAGUAAUGGCACCUCUGCUUCAGUAGUACCUCCCUUAUGCUAUCUCUGCCAAGAGGCAUCCUUGCUAUUAGCAAGCUAGUAUUUGGAUACAGAAUCUACAGUUAGAUAUGACCUCUGUAAUCGUGACCCCCUCUAUGGGUAGCUUUUACAAUCAAGAUGGUCUCCCUGAAACAGAAAUAAUCUUUAUCUAUCAUAUAUGUCUUGAUUGAAAUGCUUGCUUGUCGUGAAUGUCAUGCUAUCAUGUUGUGUCUUACUCUUUCUUUUGCUUUCUUUUUCAGCGUUUUUUUUUUUGGGUGCAUUGAAUGUCCUGUAUGGCACCGUCGGCUUUACUGUGAAUCUUGUACAACUGAGGCCACAAUUUGGCCUCUCAAGAUUGGCUUAUUGGAUGAAUGUCUCUUGGGCCAUGAUUCACAUUGUGUUGUACUUUUUAAUCGCUUCCCUCUAUCUGAAAACUUUGGAAGAGGGUGAGACCCUCGAAGACGUUGGUCGCACAAUACAGAGUAGAAACUUGUUGGAUCUUGAUGAUGAUGACGGCGAAGAUCAAACUGAUAAUUCUAAAAUUCAAAAACCGUAAUUUGAUGUGAAAUCAGAAAACAGGGUGCCUCAAGGAUUGCUUCAUUAGCUGACCCGUUUAUACUGUAAACCCUCGAAAAAUAUCCAGAUUAAUUUCAUUUGGAAAAGAAAGAGCGUUAUAUGCCUAAAGAAUUAUGUCAUUUAUCAAAUGUGACCAUUCAUCAUUUUGAAAUUGAAGAAAUCCUGCUAUUUUGAUGGUUUACAGGGUAUUUUUGAACAUUCAAACUUUAGUGGCAGAGAGAGGUUGUAGGUAUUGAAGAAAGAAUGUUAUGAACUUAGAUGCAGUUAAUAAUGGAUAGUGGAUCUGGUUCAGACAGUAUAGAGUAUACAGUAUAGGAACCAUUGGCGAUUGUUAACAAUAUCCAUGCUGCACAUCAUAGACGUUCGCUUGGCCUUAUAAAAAAUUGUUAUAAAUUGUCAUAAAUAUUGUUUAUUUUGCAAUAUAUUUUAUCAAUUUAAUAUUCUACUCUGGGUAUUGGUAUUGACCACGGUUCUAACAAUUGAAGCAAUUUUCUAAAUUUUGAUACUUAUGUGCAAUAGCACAAUUUAUAUUGUACCUUCUAAACUAGUGUUUGUACUUGAAAUGAUCAUGAAGGAUGAUUAUAUCAAGAAAACAUGGCUGAAACAUUUGUCAGUGCAAUAAUCAUGUCUCUUCGUGUAAAACUGUUAAUUCUGUGAUAUAUAGGCUACAUUGUAGUUACAUCACCAAAGUUCCUUUUCAGUUCAUCUUAGUUUGUAGCUGUUAAAAAAUAAAGUGUUUGUGUUGUCUGUGGUGUAUUUGACAAAAACUUUGUAACUUCUGAUAACUAAUUAUUUAGAUAAACUUGUACUAUGAAGCAUUUAUAACCUGUAUUGCACAAGUUGGUUACCUGGUAACUCAUGUUUAUAUGUAAUAAAAAUAUAUUAACUGAA